AUUUGAAUCGUGAUAUUCCUUAAUAUAGGUUGAUAAUAUCAUGAUAUUAUCUAGUAUAGGUUGAUAAAGAAUCGAUAUAACACAUUGAAAUUGCUAUAAUUCGUUAAAACGCUAUAAAUCACUAAGAUCAGUUAUAAACUAUAAAAAUGGAUAGAACGAAUUACUAUUCUGGUUUAAACCCUAUAGUGGUGCAGGCGCUAAACAAUCUGCAAUAUAGGUAUAGUGGUGAAAUGCCAGAAAUGUGGUGUUCUCGUGUUCGUUAUCCUUUUAAGAAACUUCUUGAAUAUAACCCAAAAUACUUUUCCAAGAAUGGAUUUAUCCAAAUGGUUGAAAGGGUAUAUAUAGAUGGGGAAUUUAAAGCUGGGAGAUGCUCAUUACAUAUUUAUUGCACUGUAUGCGACUCCUUAGUAAUUAUUCGUGAAAAUACCAUCGAAUGUGGCAAUGAUCAUCUGAAGAAAUGUAUUGCUAGAACGGCCAAAAGGCGCAGUACAUCUAUACAAAAGAAUACAAAAAAGGAGAUUGAAGAGAUUUAUCUAACAUAUUGUUUUAAAUUCAGUAAAGGCUUAUCUAUUUAUUCCUAUGCUGAUGAUUAUGAAACUUGGAAAAAGCAUGUAAAUCAUUUAAUCGAUACUGUAAAAGUUGUCCAACGGGCUUGGAGAGCUUUCAAGUUGAGACCUGAAACUUGGGCAAAACGAGUUUGGAAUAUGGUGAGGAAUGAUGGUACUCCUGACAAGAAGAAGUUUCUAUCUCCUCGUGGUAAAAGAGAUAUUUAUGAUCCAUAUGUAUGGUAUAUUGAUCUAAAAAUUCUAGCUAAAGAUUUACCUGAAUCUUUUCUGAAUAAUCUAUAUGAUGGUCAUAUUCCACGCGAGUGGGCAGAAAAGAAGAGUGAUCAGUUACAUAAUCGAUUAGGUAAUAUAGCAUAUAUAGUUGCUUUUAUAGUAUUACAUCAGCAAGGCUAUAGAAUCGUUACAUAUGGUGAUUGGUCUUAUAUGUUAAAGUGGCUAUCGAAUCCUGAAUAUUACCGUAUUAAUGAAUAUUAUAACAAUGGCAACGUAAACUUUGUUAAAAGUUCAGAAUAUGCGCGUUAUAGAUGUAAAAUAACAGGCAAACCAUAUCCAUGUGAUUCGCUAGAAAUUGACUAUUUUAAAUCUGAAUAUGGUUUUACUAUCGAGGGAAAGUUUAACAUUAUAGAUUUCUCAGAUUCUAAUAAUAAUUGUGAAUAUGUGUGCCGAGUUUUUUGGGCCAUAGAUUCUUUAUCAAAAUAAUAUAGUAUUAUAUUUAUGUAUAAUUAUUAGCCAAAGACGCUUUACUUAAUAAUACAAUAAAUCAUUUUUUUACUUUCAUUCGCUUACUCCACUACAAUGUAUGGGUGAUCGCCUAGUGAAAUGUAUCACCUUCAUAAUUUAUGUGAAAUAAAAAUUGUGAUCCG